UUUAUUAUGAAUCAGUUAGUGUUGUUUGCUUGCCUGCUUGCAGGUGUGGCGGCCAACAUCGUCGAGCAUAAUGCUACUCCACCUAGAGUAGUGGAUGCUACAUUCCUCCAAAAACAAGUUGAUCUUCUAACAUUAUAUUUUCAUAUACAUGAACCCCUUCAAGAACCCAAACUAAAAGCCAUUGCACAGUCAUGGUCUUUAACAAAUAACAUCGACAAAUACAGUAAUGUCACCGCAGUAAAAGUGUACUCAAACCUCAUCGAUUAUGGCAUGCAACUACCACGAUCGGUGCCAUUCCUUAUCCUGGAUCCAACUCACCAAUUCGAAGCGGUCACGCUAUUCAACGUCCUCCAAUCCUCUAAGGAUUAUCAAACCUUAUAUAAUACAGCUCUCUACCUCAGAGAUAUCGUUAAUGAAGGACUUUUUGUUUAUGUCAUGGCUGCAGCUACAGUGCACCAUCCAAAAACGCAAGGAAUCAUUGUCCCACCUUUAUACGAAGUCUUCCCGGGAUACUACCAUAACGCUGAAAUCAUGAAUAUUGCGCAUAGGGCGAAUACACAAGGUAAACGUUUGGUUGAUCGCUACCCUCAAACCUUUUUAUGGGACGACAAUGUGGUUAUUCGAUGGAACACAACAGUGUGGCCUUACCUUGGUAACAGCGAUAUUUCCACCUUCUAUUACUCUCAAGACUAUGCUUUAAACACACUUUACUACAACAAUCACUUGACAUACCCAUUCUGGCUUAGCGGUCAAAAUGGUCCACUGAUGAAGUAUAGGCGAGGUGAAUAUUUCUGGUUUUUCAACAAACAAUUGACCAACCGAUACUAUUUCGAAAGAUUGUCCAAUGGUUUAAGCGAAAUUCCUGAGAUUGGCUCCGAUAUCGUGGAAGAAGGAUUUGCGAGUGGACUUGUUUAUCAAAACGGUAUUCCAUUCCCUGUGAGACCAGAUGACCUUCGUAUUGAUCAACCCAAAUACUCGGAACUUCUUGAGAAAAUAAAGACUUAUGAACGCCGUAUUAGAGAUGCUAUUGAACUUGGCUAUGUGGUUUCAGUAUCUGGUGAGAAGAUUAAUUUAAGAACGCCUGAAGCGAUAAAUGUUCUUGGCAACAUUAUUGAAGGCAAUGUAGACUCACCAAAUAUAGAUUUCUAUGGUAGUCUUAUUAACACCUGGAAGAGCCUCCUCGGAAACUCCAUCAUUCAAGGACAUGUCUUCCACAAACAGCAUAUCCCCCUUGUCAUACCAGCAGCUAUCGAGAACUACCAGACUUGCAUGAGGGAUCCAGCCUUCUACAUGAUUUGGAAGCGAGCGCUGAACCUCUUCACUCUCUGGUCAUCGUACCUGCCUCCUCACACAGAGGAGAUCCUGUCACUCCCGAGAGUUGACAUCCAGAAAGUGGAGACUGACAAGCUCGUCACUUACUUCGAGCAGAAGUACCUGAAUGUGACGAAUGCUUUGUGCUUAAAUGAUCGUGAAAGCAAGGUGGUAGAAGAUGAGGUCAGCGUUUUAGUACAACAACCACAACUCACAAACAAGGUCUUCACCGUCAGAGUACUCGUCAAGAGCGACGUUGCCAAGAAGGUGGUUGUCCGGUUUUUCCUCGCACCGAAAUAUGACAGCAAUGGCUACGAGAUACCAUUACACCUGAACACAGAGAACGUCUUCCAACUGGAUCAAUUCGUUUAUCAAUUGCCGGUAGGAGAGCAUGUUAUCAAACGUGAUUCCACUGAAAAUAUGUACACCAUUGACCAGUGGUACUCCAGCUACGAGGUCUACCUGAAGGCUCUUAAUGCAUUACAAGGAAAAGGCCAAUUUGUGAUUGACACGAAGCAGUUCUUCGAUGGAUACCCACGUAGGCUGAUGCUGCCUAAGGGGCGUGUCGGUGGUAUGCCUUUCAAUUUAUUCGUGCAUAUUUCGGACUACGUGGCACCUGAGACACCUUUUGGCCAAGGUGUGAACCCAGACCAAACCUUUGGCAUUGGAACUGGAGCAAGACGCAUGACAGGAUAUCCACUUGGCUUCCCCUUCGACAGACCUCUCCAUCAGUACCAAGUAGAGACAUUAACCAACUUCUACGUCCACGACGUACUUAUAUACCACAAACCAACCCUGGAAAUUGUUGUACCUCAAAGUAUUGUCGAUUGCAGUGGAUCAAUAAAAAGUAGUGAGGCACAGUUACCAUUUGGUCUGGCAACAAUGAAGACUGUCUUGGUUCUAGCAAGCUUGGUGGCCCUGGCUUUGGCCGGGAACAUUGUGAUUCCCCCGAAGAAUGUCGACUGCAAACUGAAGACUGUUGAACAAGACGUCGUUACGAAGCAGCAACAGAUCCUCAAAUUGUUCUACUACAUUGGCCAUGUCAACACCGAAGCCGAAUACUACAAAAUCGGAAAGGAUUACGACAUCGAGGAGCACGUCAGCGACUACACCAACAAACAAGCCGUUGAGGAGUUCUUGAACUUAUGGAAGGUUGGGUUCCUACCUAAAAACAUCCCAUUCUCAGUCUUCAACGAUAGGUCAAGGCAAGAGGCUGUAGCCCUAUUCCAUGUCUUGUACUACGCUAAGGACUUUGAUGUCUUCUAUAAGACCGCCUCCUUCGCCCGUGUCUACAUGAACGAGGGUCAAUUCCUCUACUCAUGCUACAUCGCUGUUCUCCACCGUCCCGACCUCAAGGGCUUCGUCGUCCCUGCGCCAUACGAAACCUACCCAGAAUUAUUCACCAAUGUAGAUGUCUGGUACAGAGUACACCGCAUCAAGAUGCAAAAUGGAAUCGACACCAACGACUUCGGACCUGAAUACGGUGUAUCUCACGAAGAGAACCGCUACGUUGUCUACGCUAACUACUCUGACCGAUACGUAUACGCUAAUGGCGAAGACAAGAUCUCUUACUUCACUGAGGAUAUUGGCCUAAACGCUUACUACUACUACUUCCACGUUUUCUUCCCCUUCUGGAUGGAAAGCGAAGUCCAGCCCUUAUUGAAGGAACACCGCGGAGAAGUUUACUACAACUUCUACCAACAACUCUUGGCUCGCUACUACUUGGAACGUCUGUCCAACGGUCUUGGAGAAAUCCCUGACUACUCAUGGAACCACCAGAUCGAGGCUGGUUACAAACCAUUCAUGAAGUACUACUACAACUUCGCUCAAAGGCCCAGCUACUACCAGAUCCCCUAUGAAAAGCAUGUCAAGGAAAUGCAAGUCCUUAACACUUUCGAGCAGAGCUUCAUCCAGUUCCUGCAACAAGGCCACUUCAAGGCUUUCAACCAGGAUGUUGACCUACGCAACUCUAAAUCUGUGAACUUCGUCGGAAACUUCUGGCAAGGCAACGCUGAUAUAUUCACCAAAGUUGGACCAUGGAACCACCCCUACUCCUACGAGGUUAUUGCCCGUCAUGUACUUAGUGGCGUCACUGAGAAUGCUGGCAAAUACGAUUUCGUUCCUAGCGCUCUCGGUUUCUACCAGACAUCUCUUCGUGACCCCGCCUUCUACCAGCUUUACAGCAGAAUCUUGAAAUACUUCAUUGAGUUCAAGAAAUCAUUGACCCCAUACACCCAAGACGCUCUCCACUACGUCGGAGUUAAGAUUAACGACGUUAAGGUUGACAAGCUGGUGACAUACUUCGACUUCUACGACUUUGAGGUUAGCAACGGUGUGUACUUCAGCAAGGAAGAGAUGAAGAGCAGCAGAUGGCCAUACUACGUCGUCCGCCAACCCCGUCUUAACCACAAGCCAUUCACCGUAACCGUUGAUGUUAAAUCCGAUGUUGAAGGAGAAGCCGUAUUCAAGAUCUUCCUCGGUCCCAAAUAUGAUGGUAAAGGCUACCUCAUUGACUUGGAAGAGAACUGGCAAAACUUCGUCGAAUUGGACUGGUUCGUGCAGAAACUCACCAAGGGACAGAACAAGAUUGAACGUCAAUCCACUGACUUCUACUACACCAAGCAAGACUCUACCCCAGUCAGAGAAAUUGUUGAGAAGUACCUCGCUGAAGGUAAGGUACCUAGCGAUAUGUCAGUCAAACCCGGUGCAUACCCCCAGAGGCUCUUAUUGCCUAAGGGUACAAGCGGUGGGUUCCCAUACUGGAUUUACGUUGUUGCCUACCCAUACCAACCAGCCAACAAGCAAGUUGAAACCAUCAGGGUAUUCGCUAACGACAACAAGCCUUUGGGCUACCCUCUUGACCGUCCUGUCAACUCUGUUUACUUCAAGCAACCCAACAUGUUCUUCGAGGAAGUGAACGUAUUCCAUGAAGGAGAGAUGUACCCUUACGAGUACAAUGUUCCCUACUACACCUACCACCACAACGAGGUCAGCCAACACUAAAUGGAGAGAGAUAAAUAUGUGGUGUUAAUUCAAUUCAUGUUAUAUAAUGACAAAUGACCAAAUGUUAAUUUAUGUAUAAAUAAAAAUAUGUUAUAUUCAA